AUGUUUCCUGAACCACCACCUCAGCAGAAUCGUGCCGAAGAACCAUCCUCUACUCUCCACCUCAUGACGACAGCGAGCACACCAGCAACUCCAGGUCCAUCCACGCCGACCUCUGUGCGACCGCUUCCGAUCGAUCAAUUAAAAAUAGACGACCAUGAAGAAGAUAUUGUUCCGCCAGCAAGGCCGAAAAGUACGCCCUUUCCCGAAGCAGACAUGGUAGAAGGGGAUAUUCAAUGUUUGCUACGUCUCAGUGAUGGCGACCGAAUUGACGGAGUGUCACAACUGCUUCUACCGGCACCCUCAACCACAUCGCACCUGUGCGGGCUUCCUUUAGAAAUUCACGACUGCAUUCUCGAUCAUCUAUUUGGCCAGCGGAGCUCAGCCGCAUCGAGGACGACGGGCCCUGGAAAGUCGAAGAUUCUACGAAGUUGGGGUACAGCUCUAAGGCACUCGAGACGAAAGGAGGUCGCAAGAUUAUCUUUAGUGAGUGGGAAAUGGAGACACCUGGUUCAAGACCGCCUGUAUCGUCAUCUCAAGGUCAAGGGGACUAGGGAGUCGAUUGCGCAGGCCGUAGAAUGGUUCCAGGAACACCCUCAUCUCUGCCCUUAUGUUAAACAUAUCGAGGUUUGGUUCCCGGUAUUUCAGCAAAAGAACCCCGCCUUCGAUCGCACACUCCGCGUGCCUGCACCCGAACGAUCAUCCUCGCUAAGGGCCCUACCAACUCUCGCAGAAAGUGCCAGUAUUACAUAUCAGAGUCCUUCGAAUAAUUGCACCCUGGAAGAGAUCUUUAGAUUUGUUCAGAUGACACUAGGGGAGGCCUGUAUUUUGACCCUUGAAGGAGGAGACCGAAAGAAACCUCCAAUGGUCCGACAUUUCCUAAAUCCGUCGCAAAAGGGGAGUCUGCCAGAAAUUCCCCAAAUCAAGACUCUAGUAUGUAAAGGGCAGUGGAAUCUCAUUAGGUCGAACGAAGAUUUCCAAAACAUCUCGAAAGCGCUGCCACAUCUCAGUGAGUGGCAUGGCCUGUAUGCCAAGCCAAAGUCGAAGAGCUACAUAUCAAUGGCUGCCACACUUCCAAACCUCGCAAGGACUCUGACUCACCUCAAUUUAUGCCUCGAGAAUGAUUACCGCCGUGAAGCUGCUUCGCCAAUGUUUGUGAAGAAGGUUGGGGGAAAGACUCAUUUUUGCAUCGAAUUGGCCAAAGCGAUUCCCACGCUGGAGCAUUUAGCAUUUACCGGUCGCAUUUGCAAGGGUUUCUUUGAUCAAGCGGCAAAAUUAACAAGCCCUCGAACAACGAGAAUGAAAAGUAUAGAUUUGAUUGUGAAGAACAUAUGUAGACCAACCUAUGUCUGGAACGAUGGUACAGGAAUCACCGACAUGGCUUUCAUCCAAGCCUUCGAGGCAUUGGUUAUUUCAGCUGUUAAGUCCCUGGAUAAGUUGGCUGCUAUGGAGUUCCUGCGGAUUCGCUUUAUCGAUUUGGAAUCUCAAGUGCCUGCUUUAAAUCCAUACUUUCAACUUCAGGACAACCACUGCACCGGCAUAUGGAGCGACCCAAUUGUCGACAAUCUCAGACGAACUCGACCCUACGCUACUUUUGCUGAGAAGGCAGACACAUUGAGCGAUGUUGGCUUCAAGGACGGUCAGCUCUUCAUACCUGGAAACUUCUCCAAGACUCGACCUCAAUCUAUCAAAAUAUCAAGUUAUUCUACGCUUAUGGGUGGAAUCACGAUUACUUAA